AUUUAUUUGUUACUGAUUUACUAUUUUAGUUGUCUGAAUAUAACAAUGAAUUCUGUUGCUCAGGAAAAGGAACAUCUGGGAUACUCUGCUCCUGAAAUUACUGACAAGACCUUCAAUAUGGUGCUAGGUUCCCUGAGCCAGUCCAUCUUCCACUAUGACAGUAUGCAGGCUCUUACAGCCACUUCAGCUGGGAAUAUAGUUCUCUGGGACAAGCAGACUGAGUCUGUCUCUUCUCAGCCCAUAGUGAGGAAAGCCAUGAAAAUUGUCUUUCUCCAGAAGGAAGCUAUCACCGUAUUGACUUUGAUUGACAGUUUCAUCGUUACAGGUGACGUGAGUGGCCAAAUCAAAUUCUAUGAUGGAAAUCUCAGCUCAUCAACUUUUACAAUGAGUUUAGCUUGGAUCCAUCAGAUCCAUCUCCUUUUCCAAAGAAAAGCCUUCCACUAG